AUGAAACCUUCAAUAAAUAGACUAUCGUGCAAUAAAUUUCUUGAUCAGACAGCUUUAACGGCUUUUACUAAUUUCCUGAAUGUCUUAAAGACUUUCGAGGUUCUCGCAAGGCUUUUUCGUUUCUUUUUUAAGAAAUGGAGUCAUGACAGGGACGCUUUGAGGUUUCAAAUUAAUUGUUCCCUCGAUCCUGACAAGUUCACAAAAAGGUUACAGAAAGAAUAA